GGCAGCCCAGUGCCAAGCUGGCGGUGACGCCACCGGAGCCAGGUGCCAUAAGGGCGCUCAUGCCAUACGGGGGCUCGGUGCAGCUGAACUGCUCCCUGGCUUGCACGGGGGGCACGGUGCAGUGGAAGGGACUGGACACCAACCUGGGCAGCAUCAGCUCCUUCCCCACCCACAGCAUCCUGCACAUCAGCGGCGCCGUGGUUGCCAUGGCAGGCACCAAGAUCUGCCUGGGGAACUGCCACGGGAAGCUCUACCAGCACGCUGUUCACCUGAAGGUCUAUGCACUCCCAGACAGGCUGUGGCUGGCGGCAGAGCCCCAUGCCCUGGAGCCGGGGCAGCCGGGCAGCCUGCGCUGCUCAGCCCGGGGGAUUUACCCGCUCACGGGGCUGGGGCUCACCUGGCACCGGGGGGACCAGGCGCUGGAGGGCACAAGCUUCGAUGCCACAGAGACCGAUGAGGAGCUGUUUGACAUCGUGUCCACACUGCCGGUGGCAGGAGAGGAGGUGGGAGAAGGGGUGGAGUUCACGUGCAAGGUGACGCUGAGCAUCGGGCAGGAGACCUUCACCCGGGUGGCAUCUGUAGCCGUGAGCACCAGGG